AUGCGAUAUUUAGUUUUACCAACUCAAAAAACUCGUUGUUUUUGGCGAUCACCUUUUAGUUUGUGUAAUCGUAAACCUGGAACUCUCUCUAAUUGUCUUCAAAGUAAGCAAGAGCAAGGAGUAGUUCAUUAUGAGUUAGUUGAAGAAAGAGUUGAUGUCAAAGUUUUUCAUGAUUUCUUAACUAGUGCUAAUGUUAAUUUUGAGGAAAAGAGUUAUCUUCUUUUAGAUAAUGCCUCUAUUCACCGAGCUCCUAAAAAGAGAAAGCAGUUAGGCUUGCCAACUAUCGAGGAACAACUAAAUCCUAGAAAUGCAGAACUAACUUAUUUACCUUCUCGUUCUCCUCAACUAAAUCCUGUGGAAUUACUCUUUAACACGAUUAGGCACAACAUUGAAAAGGCACGAGCUUGA